AUGGAGCUGCCGCCUCUCUCCAUCGAGCAGCUCGAGCAGCUCGCAUCGUCCAACCUGCCUCCUUCACAGCUCUUCGAGAUCUUCUCACGAUACGAAUCAGAUGCUUGUCUCAUGGCAGCUGAUAGCGAUCAUCCGGAAGCUGGUGGUGAUGAGCCUCAGCUACUGAGCUUAUUCUAUUCCAGCUUCUUCUUCGCCCACCUUCUCACUAAACAAAUAUCAGAAGCCCGCGCCUUGACGCAGCGAAUGCCAGAACCGCUCAAAAACCAAGACCCGACUUUGCAAAAUUGCUUGACGUUACUACGAGCGGUAUGGCAGACUCAACAUGCCCAAGUUUACCAAGCCCUACGGAACUUGCCAUGGCCAGAACAACUGCAGCCCUUGGUGCGCAGAUAUGAAAGCUUCUUCCAAGACCAAACCUUGAUCGCCGUCAGCACUUCCUACAGAGCGAUACGACCUGCCGUGGCAGCUGGAUACCUGGGUCUUGAUUCGCAGGCCGCAGAGCAAGGCGAUCAAAGCAUUAUACAGAAGUUUACGGACUGUGGGUGGACCUGGAAUUCAGAUACUCGACUACUUCACCCCGUCACAAUCACCGUACCGCCCACUGAGGAGCAGUCAUCUAACGGUAUCCGCGAUACGAUGGCAAUGCUUGGUAGUCGUGCGAAUUAA